GAUUCCGGGUUGUUUUAUUUCUGAUUUUAUUUGCAAGACUUCGAAUGUGUUUUUGUUUUGAUAAUUCAAAAAUUAAGUAAAAAAGAGUAAGAUGAAGUUUGCAAUUGUAGUUUUUGGAUUUCUCUUUGGAAUUCUAUUUGGAGAAGUUGGAUCAUGUAAAAUUGUAUUUCCUGACUCAAAAGAUUAUCAAGAAACUGUUAACAAGACUCCAAAACCGAAUCCUUUGUUGAAAGCUCAAACAUGCAUAGAAGUCAGCGAGGAUGGAGAAUGCUUAGGAGAAGAAGGAGAAAGUGUCGAAGAUUUUCUAUCAGAAAGAUUCUUUUUAGUGAGUCCGAAGAAAAAGUGUAAAGAUGGAUAUAAGUUGGGUCCUGGCAAUAAAUGCAGAAAAGUCAUAAAAGUAUAUGAUAUAAGAAGUUCAAGUAAAAACACACAAAAAUCAUAAACUAAGCUCAAAAUUAAGUUGCUUCUCGAAAAAAAAUCACAUUUUUUUGUACUUGAAUGUUAUCAGAUUUUGUUUACAAUGGAUUUAACUGACAGUUCACACAAGAUUAG